AAGUAAACUAUAGAGAUUUUUUUGUUUUCAUUUUGUGAGGCCGUAAGAACAUAGUUAUAUUAAGCAAAGCUGAUAUCUAUAUUCUUCAGCCGUAAAACUUGAGAAGGAAAAGUAAAGUAUGCCUAAAUAUAUUCCCAUUUGGCAGCAAGCGCUGCGCGACUGUCCAUCUCCAUCCUUCUCGAAUCAGCUCUCAAGUAGUAAGUCCUAAUGGGCCCACGCCACCGAAUUGGGCUCCGCCACGUCUUUCCCAGCUGGUAGUGAUUCGCGAUGGCAGAUUUACCCUUUUACUUUGGCAUUUGACUCUUUUCCUCCGAAUAUGCUGUCUCAACUCAACCAAGGCACAGGGCGGGAACCGUAAUCACACCGCCAUUCUCUCCGAGGUAAAAGCUUUUCUUUACACUUGCUUUCUCUCACCACCACCACCCACUCAUUUCCUCUAUAAAAUCUGCCUUCCUUCCUACGCUCCGUAUUAUGUUCGAGAUCUGAGCUUUUCGUUUGCUUCCCACCGACGCCUUCUCGAGCUCUUAUUUAAUUGUUUCGGGUACGUUCCGUUUUUAAUGACACGCUUCAUCGUUUUCUGCGUUUCUCUUGUGUUCUCACUUGUUUUAGGCUUUAUUCAGCUGUAAGCCUGUAAUGCUGGGCGUUGUGCAUGAUUCUGUUCCGGUUAUGGCUCCACCAAUUGAAAUUCCAAGCAUACCUCUUGACAUCCAGAAGCCAUUACAUGCGCCUCUUAAUGAAAGGAUACUUUCUUCCAUGACGAGGAAAACUGUUGCUGCUCAUCCUUGGCAUGAACUUGAGAUAGGACCUGGGGCCCCGAUUAUCUUCAAUUGUGUGGUUGAAAUAAGUAAAGGAAGUAAGGUGAAAUAUGAACUUGACAAGAAAACUGGUCUAAUCAAGGUUGAUCGUGUUCUUUACUCAUCAGUUGUGUACCCCCAUAACUAUGGCUUCAUCCCUCGUACUCUCUGUGAAGACAAUGACCCUAUCGAUGUAUUGGUCAUUAUGCAGGAACCUGUCCUUCCAGGCUGCUUUCUCAGGGCCAAAGCAAUAGGUCUCAUGCCCAUGAUUGAUCAGGGAGAGAAAGAUGACAAGAUAAUUGCUGUCUGUGCUGAUGAUCCUGAGUAUCGGCAUUACACAGACAUUAGUGAGCUUCCGCCCCACCGAUUGGCUGAAAUUCGCCGUUUUUUCGAAGACUACAAGAAAAAUGAGAACAAGGAUGUUGCAGUCGAUGACUUUCUUCCAGCCACAAAAGCUUAUGAAGCUGUCCAAUCGUCCAUGGACCUAUAUGCAGAGUAUAUAGUGGAGAACUUAAGGCGGUAGUUUGCUGCAAGCGAAGGGUGGUGCUCCAUGUUUAUCAUUUUUGAUCUGGAAGAAUACCUGAUAUAUUGCAAUACUUCUAUACAAUAUAAGAUGAUGACGAAUAAGAAUUUAUUUGAUAGAGUAGGAUGUUGGAUAAACCCAACAUAUAUGGUAUUUGCUAUGUAAAAAAGGGGUUGGCGUGAUUAAUAUCACUCUCUUCAUCUAUACUCAAGCUUACUAUUUUUAUGGUACCGCAAAAAAGCUUACUACUUUUAUGGUUAUUCCAGUUCAUUCUCCAGCACAUACAUAUAUUUCUUGUACCUAGAUUACGGGCCUCUGGCGCCGUAUGGUUUUAUUUUAAUGAAUUAAAUUUGCUACAUA